AUGGAUUCCCGCGCACUGCUCUUCCGAGCAGUCCUAGCCUCCCUCUCCGUGCUGCUGAUUCUCUCCACGUUUGGAGCACCGGCUUGCGCAGAGAAACCGCCACGUGCAAAGCGUGGAUUGGUGGACCUCAACACGAUUCCUGACAACUCCGUGUCGUCGUGGUCGCUGGAGGGGCCGCCUGGGCUGCGCAAGGAGAGCAGUCCGGGGCAGUUCAAGCUUGUGGGACCUGUCGUUAUCAACGUGCUGCGGGUCAUCCGCCCGCAGUUCACACCCAUCUUUGCCGAAUGGCUCUCCUCCAACUUCUCCUCAGACCCUGCCACGUGGAAGGCGUUCGUUGCGCCACCCGCAGGCCCGAACGAGUUCGCAAACCUGACCUUCGAGAAUCCCCAGGUGCAGAUCUGGGGUGGGCGCUUCCCCAUCGACAACACCACGAGCGACUACUCCUUCCAGCCCAACAACACCAAGCUGCUCUUCUCCCGCGUCUCCGGCUCUGUGAUGCGCAACAACGUGGACAAGCAGAACGUCGUGGUUGACCUUCCCGAGGCCAACGCGCCCACUCUCAACGGCAAAUUCAUCCGCCGCGGGAAGAUUUUUGAGCUCCUCUCUGGCGGAUCCUUCGACGUGCCCCUCCGUUCCGUGGUGGAAGCUCUUGGGGGCACCACACCCCCUGGCCCCACCCCGCCUGGAGCAGCGGCAGUUAUGCGUGUAAGGCCCCGUCCCCGCCCCCCUCCUAGGGAGGCUGCUCCUGGUUCUGCUCCUAGUGCUGCUCCCGGGCCUGCUCCUGGCCGUGCUCCCGGUGUUGAUCCGGGGGUUGCUCCUGGACGUGUUCCCAGGGCUGCUCUCGGGGCUACACCUGGUGCAGCUCCUAGUGGAGGUCCUGAACCCUAG